AUGCACAGCGCGCCCGGGAGUCUCUCGCCGCGGCAAAAGAUCGCUGUCGUGCGGGACCCCGACAUGCUCACGAGCACGUCCGAGGUGCGGCCGUACAAGACGUACCCGUUCCACGGGCUCCAGCAGUCGCCCACCAAAGGUCCUGGGAAGCGCCUCAAGCACAUUGGCAAGAAGAGCCACGCCACCGCGGCCAUCGGCGACCCUUGGUACCCGUUGGGCCGGCCCUUCACGCCCUUGUCGUCCGUCUCGCCGGCGUCGGUGGUGUCGCACCUGGCCCACGAGCCCCACCCACCGGUCAAGCCCACAGAUCUGGACCAAGUGGAAGGUUGGCUCAAGAGCUUGGAGGCCGAAGCGCAGCACUUUACCUCGUACUUUCUCUUUUGCGAAAUGAAGUUUCAGCAGACGGCGGUGCUCGCGUCCGGGAAGGACGUGCCCAACCGGUUGCGCACCGCGGUUGCGUUCUACUGCCUCCAGCAAGCCUCGUCGAUCUUUGGCCGCUACCAAAGCGUCCUCGACACCAUCUGCCUGAACCUCGGCGCGGCGAUCUACACGCAGUUUUCCGGCUUGCGUCGCGGCAACCCGCUCACAGCGCUCGAGUGCUACCAAGCCGGCGUGACGUACUUUGAGCAGUGCCGGACGCUCCAAGCGCAAAACCAAGAGCUCAAGCAGAGUCCGUUCUUGUAUCGUGUGAUGCGCUCUGAGGUCGGCCUAGGCAACGUCGAGACGGAAGCCACGAUCAUUCGGCUGCAGCAACAACUUGCGCAGCUGGAGACGCAGAACCAGCUUUUGCGGCAGCGGACCUCGGUUGUGAGUGCAUAUGGUCGCCCCCACGCCCUCUCGGACGCGGUGACCCACGAACACGUCGGGCUCGUUGUCAACACGUUCCAAGGCCUCGAGAAGAACGACCAGCUCCAAUUGAUUGUGGGGCUCGUCGAGCACCUCGGGUCGGAUAUUCACACGGACGCGCUGCUCAUGAUGAUCGACAACCUCCCGCCGCAUGCGCGUCAGCAGCUCAUCGACCAGCUCUUCCAGGAACACGCCCAGGACUUGCGCGCAAAAGCCGAGGCCGAAGCCGCGAUCGAAGAGGUGCGUCGGCGGCACGAAGACGACGACCGGCUGCGGGCGCUCCACGAAAAGUACCAGUCGCUGAUCCUCGAUGUCUUGAACGGAACGCCCGUCGCAUCGCUCGACGUGCCCUUGGCCGAUCGAGAGACGAUGGAAGCGCUCGGGCGCGUCGUCGACGCCCUCGGACGCGAGAAGGACCGCGUUGCGAAGCUGGAGGCCCGCAUUUUCGCCCUCAACGUCACCCGCUCCAAGGCGCACAAGACGAUCGAGAGCUCGGCCAACACGCGCUGCGCCGAGCUCGAGGCGACGAUUGCGGCUCUCGAAGCCGAGAAGCGCGAGCUUCACGACACGUGUACCAAGCUCGAAGACCAAGCGCGGCGCUGUAGCACAACCGACGUCGCGACGCAGGUCAACAAAGCCGAGCUCCGCCAAAGUCUGCUCCAACCCGAGAAAGAGCGGUCGAUCGUCACGUCGGCCGCAACACCCGCGACUUGGCUCCAAGUCGGCCAAGGCCCCAAAGUCCAAAAGCGAUUUGCUGGGCUAUACACCAUGAUCCAAGACGCCAACUACUCGGUCUCGAGCGUCAAGCGCAUUUUGUCAAAGAAGCGACCGCUCUCGCUCGUCGAGAUGCAUGUGACGAUCGCGGGGCUGUACCAAAGCAAACUGUGCCAGGACAUUGCCGACGACAACAUGCACCGGCACCGCGACGGCCUGUCGCAGAUGCUGCUCGACGCCUACACUGUCUAUUACGGUCUGAAAGAGCUCGCGAUGGGGCAGCUCAUCCACCUCGACACGGCCGUGCGUCGAUUUGCCUCUAAAAGCAGCCGCAUUCGGCUCUUUGGGCUCCUCGUGGGGUCGCUCGAGCCCGGCAGUUUUGCGUCGUCGGCCCAAGCCAUCGACUUCUUCUUGUUCGUUGUCGGCGUCCUCUUCAACAUUGGCAACUACCGACUCAACGCCGACAAGGCCAUGGCGAACGUCAAGCAGCUCAAAGCGUGGUUUGGCGACGGUGUACCUGGCAGUGCGAAUUGCGCGACGCUCAAAAUGGACAAGCUCGUCCAGACCGUCCACGUGGUCUUUGCGUACAACCACGUCACGCCGGCGUUCCUGGACGAGCUCAGCAGCCUCCAAACGGCGAGCGGCGACGUCGACUUGGACUUGGCGCUGGAGAAAAUCAUGUUUUACUGGCUCACGCUGUAUGGUCAGCAGAUCGAGACGAUGCGCGCGGUGUUUGGCCUCGCCGACAAGGACGGCAACGGCGUCCUCGACUUCCAAGAGUUCAGCCUCGUCGUACACCAUUUGGACCCCGAGUGCCACCGCCGCGACGUCCUCGCGCUCUACAACCGCGUCGCGGGCGCUGACAACGUCAUUGACAUCCACGAGUUUGUCGUGGGCAUGAUUCUACACCAGCGGGAUUUGAUGCUGCAGUCGUACUUUGCCGCGCCAAGUGCCAAGCCGCCUCCGUCGCCGCCGCUCCUCGAUGCGGCCAGCGACAAGAAGGUCAUGUCCAAAACCGAUACGACGCAGCUCGCCUUCAACGUCUCCCAUCGGCUCUCGACGCUUGUCGACCAAAUGCAAUCGCGCGAAGCGAGCGAUUCCCUCCUCGCGUCGGUCGCUGACGACGACGAUGAAAAGUCCGCCGAAGAGCGACUUGUUGAAGAGAAGGCUGUGCAGUGGGACGCGCAUAUCGAUGACGUUGUGUCGCAGUUCAUGGGCCACGUCGAAGCGCGUCCAUCCACCCACGGGCGCGGCACGGUCUCGUAG